GCAUUUUGCUGGUACUGAGAGAGGUAGGAAGUUUUCCCACCAAUUAUUUGUGGAUAGGAAAAGAAAUUCAAAUCGAAUUCCAUGAUACUCACCCAAUCCUUCUUUCGCUCCAACUCGCCUCCGCCCUUACGGAAUCUCUCACGCGCCACCGCUUCCCCUGACCCCCGUUUAGCGGACUCACUUCAAUCGGAGGCUCUCAAAAUCCUCGAAUGGCCAUCCCUCUGCAACCAGCUCUCCGCCUUCACCUCCACCUCCAUGGGUCUCGCAGCUGCCCAAUCUGCACGGAUUCCUCUUGGCCGGACCCCAACCGAAACCCGCCGUCUCCUCGACCAGACCUCCGCCGCCCUCACGAUGCCCCGCCCCUUGGAUUUCUCCGGAAUCCAAGACGUUUCUCAGAUUGUUGAUGCGUCCGUCGCAGGUACGAUGCUCAUGAUCGGUGAGCUUUGUUCCGUGCGUAGGACGCUGAGGUCGGCUAGAUCUUUGAUCCAACAGUUGGAGGAGAUUGCUUCUCAUAGUAGCUCGUACCAUAGGUGCUGGCCACUGCUUGAAAUUCUUCGUGACUGUGAUUUUCUGGUCGAAUUGGAGCGAAGGAUAGAAUUUUGUGUGGACUGUAAUUUUUCUCUAGUCCUCGGCCAAGCUAGUGAAGAACUAGAAAUGAUAAGGUCAGAGAGGAAGUUAAACAUGGAAAAUCUAGAGGCAAUGCUGAAGAAAAUAUCAUCUCAAGUUUUUCAGGCGGGUGGAAUCGAUAGACCUCUGGUUACCAAACGUAGGUCACGGAUGUGUGUUGCUAUCAGAACUACACAUAGAUAUCUACUUCGUGAUGGUGUAGUUUUAGACACUAGCAGCUCUGGAGCUACUUACUUCAUAGAACCUAGGGAGGCUGUAGAGUUGAAUAAUCUGGAAGUGAGUCUAUCAAAUUCAGAAAAAAUGGAGGAGCAAGCCAUUUUAAGUUACCUUAGUUCUGAAAUUUCAGAAGCCAGUGUACAGAUAAAGUAUUUGUUGGAUAAAGUGUUGGAGGUAGAUCUCGCUUUUGCAAGAGCUGCUCAUGCUCAGUGGAUGAAUGGGGUCUGUCCAAAUUUUAGUGCUGUAGGUUGUCAGAAUUCUGAGCAUAACUCAUUAUUAGUAAAUGUAAGCAGCAUUCGUCAUCCUUUGCUUCUUGAGUCUUCGUUGAGAAAUAUAUCUACUCAUUCAACAAGUAGGUCCUCUUCUUCAAAUCAGGAAACCGGUGUAAGAAAAUCUGGCAUGCUGCCUGGUGAUCUUGAUUUUCCUGUGCCUAUUGAUAUUAAAAUUGGAAGUGGAGUAAGGGUGAUUGUUAUCUCAGGACCUAAUACAGGAGGUAAAACCGCUUCCAUGAAAACUCUAGGAUUGGUUUCUAUAAUGUUAAAAGCUGGAAUGUACCUCCCUGCACAAAAUCAUCCACAGCUGCCAUGGUUUGAUCUUGUUCUUGCAGAUAUUGGUGACCAUCAGUCUCUGGAGCAGAGUCUUUCAACCUUUAGCGGACACAUCUCUCGAAUUUGUAACAUCCUGAAAGUGGCCACUGAAAGAUCUCUUGUCCUUCUUGAUGAACUUGGAAGUGGAACUGAUCCAUCAGAAGGUGUGGCUCUAUCAGCUAGCAUAAUGCAUUAUCUCAAGGAAAGAGUAAACUUGGCUGUUGUGACAACCCAUUAUGCAGAUUUAACUCGGUUAAAAGAGAAGGAUGCAAAGUUUGAGAAUGCAGCUAUGGAGUUCUCCCUGGAGAGUCUACAGCCUACUUAUCGGAUUCUUUGGGGAAGCAUGGGUGAGUCAAAUGCAUUAAGUAUUGCAAAAACAAUAGGCUUUGAUGGAAGAAUCAUUGAGCGGGCACAAUCUUGGGUAAAGAAGCUAACACCAGAGAAGAUGCAGAAGCUUAAUACAUUGUUGUAUCAGUCUCUACUUGAGGAGAGAAAUAAGCUAGAAAUUCAAGAAAAAAAAACUGCCUCUCUACAUUCUGAUGUACUGAGACUUUAUCAUGAGAUUCAUGACGAGGCAGUUGAUCUUGAUGUGCGUGAAGCAGCUCUUAAGGCAAAUGAGACCAAGAUGAUUCAAAAGGAAUUGAAGGUUGUGAAGGCUGAAGUUGAUACUGUAGUGCAAGAGUUUGAGAAGCAACUGAAAAUUACUGAGCCAAAGGACUUCAAUAUUCUUUUGAAGGAAUCAGAAUCUGCCAUUGCAUCCAUUGUUCAAGCUCAUCAGCCUUCUGGUGAUGAUUUUGUAGAUAGAAAUGCUACUAGUAGUUUUUAUGUACCACAGAUUGGAGAGCAAAUCGUGAUAAAGGAUUUAGGGGAUAAGGUGGCUACAGUAAUUGAAGCACCAAGUGCGGAUAACACAGUCCUUGUCCAAUAUGGAAAAAUCAGAGUCCGUGUAAACUUAAGUAGUAUAAAUGCUGUUGCAGCUAAUGGUGCCCUGGCAUCAGCCCCACAACCGAGGAGAAAGGGUCGGCAGACAAAGAGACUCGAGAAUCUGAAAAAUAUUUCAGAUUCCAUGAAAGAUGAGAAGGUUUCUUAUAGUCCUGUUGUGCAGACAUUGAAGAACACCGUGGACCUGCGGGGAAUGAGAUUCGAGGAAGCUACUUUCAAUAUUGAGAUGGCCAUUAAUUCCAGAGGGCCUAAUUCAGUUCUCUUCAUAAUACACGGAAUGGGCACUGGGGUAUUGAAGGAGCGUGUUUAUGAAGUACUAAAGAAACAUCCUUGUAUAGAAAAAUUUGAACAGGAGAGCCCUAUGAACUAUGGCUGUACAGUCGCCUUCAUCAAGUGACAGUGCUUCAGUCUAGCCACAAAGGAAAGCCUCAACUUUAUUGCAAUUUCGACCACAUGUGUGUAUAUAUCAUUAAAUAUAUCCAAAUCUUUUAUUUGACACUCAGAAAUAAGUUUCUCUCAAGUUUUUAUUUGGUUUGGAUGCCCUUAGACGAGUGAUGCCUUCCGGUGAACUGGCUUCGGCAUUAAGAGAGUGAAUCCGUGUGAUAACCAGUCAGUAGAGCAUGGUUUCAUAUUAGUAUUUAUUUAUUUUGCUUGCGGCAAUGACACAGAAGAGUUCAUUUUUCUUGAAGAGCGUGGACAUAUUAGUUGCAGAUUCUUAUACUGGAUAAGACUCAUUUCUCUUGAUGAUUGCAUCAGUUUUUCUCCUGUUAGCACACGCACAGCAUAAUAUACAGAUGAGCAGAGGCUGUGAGGUGCUGCCACCUACACUGACUGCAUCACCCUCCCCAUUUGGAUAAAGAUUGUUGCAACCAUCAUUAUCUUGAUCUUGAUUCAGGUUAGUGCGUCUUUUCUUUGUCAUAGCAGAAUGUUGGCAGUUUUUGAGAAAUCAGUUUUGAAGUCAAGCCACCCGAAGAGCUGUGCCUUCCAGUGAGGAACUGCUUGAACAUAUCGAAAGAAAUUAUAGAAAUCUUUCGAUCAUGGAGCACCUUCUUACACCUCUCAGGAUGCAACUUCCUUGGCUUUGUCGCAUCAAGAUGAAAACCCAGAAAUUCCAUGGUAACUCGGUGCUCUCCACUCUCAGUGUUCAAAUAUCAGUAAUCUUCAUGAUCGUUUGUCUGUGGAAUAAGCUCAGGUCUGUUGUAGUCAUGGAUGAUGUCUUCUGCAUACUCUGCAGAGCACUGUGCAACACUUUUAACAUGAGACGGUUGUCAAGGCAGGAUACAGAAGCCAUGACCAUAGUUGAGGCCUAUAAAAUUAUUACAUGAUCGUGCACCCUAGCCUCCUGACCACGUCGUUAAGUAACUGGAAGGGAAAUUUGCUUUCCUGUUCGAUUCCAAAGCCCAACCCUUUUUCUAGCAAGGGUUGUUGAUCCUCCUACUAUCUCAAUAACUGGAUAUUAAUUUGUUCUUACUUGUAACUAGAUCCAACAUGAUUCAUGCACCUCUUCAAAUUUACUGCAUGAAAUAACAUAUGAUACAUUUAUAAUAUUAUGUAUAUUAAAAUAUUAAUUCACGAGAGAAAACAAACCCUUUCCAUAAUCGUUCUUUUUCCAUGAAGUGAAGGGAUAUGGGAUGCGUGAUGCCAUAUCUCGUGUAGAGAAUCAAAUUGGAAGCAAGAAAAUUUGUAAAGCUCUACAAUUAUUCCAAUGCUCCUCUUUCAACAUCUUUCUUUUUAUUCUCCAAUAAAACACAAAAGAGAGAGAGAGAGAGAGAGAGAGAGAGAGAGACGAAUCAUAUGGUUCAUGUUUGUAGUGCUAGUCUGAAAACCGAUACACCUAAAUGGAAGAUGAACAGAGGCGAUCAUCAUAUUCAUGAGAGCCCUUGGAGUUAGAAACUGAAAGAUACAGUGUAAAUGGCCUUGGUUGUAUUGGUAAAAAGAAGGUUGAUAUUGUCUUUUAUGUAAUUGUCAUGAUAAUGUGUUCUUUUACUUAUUCAUCUUGUUGCACCUUGGUCUCUUUAUAGCCAAAAAAUACUCUUGAGAUUUGAGAAGCUAUUUCAUUCCUGCCUGGCACAAUUUUCUGAUAUUGCUAUAGGUUGAAGCUGAAGAACAGCCUGAAAUUUCUGAGGUGUACUCAGUUUCUGCUAUACCGUUCUUUGUACUUUUUAAGGUACUGUAAUAUGUGUAUCAUUAUUUUUGUCAUUGAACAGAUAGUUGUAGUUGCUAGCAAAGGUCUUUAGUUGCCCCCUUUCAAACAUUCUGAUUGUAUGGCUUCAAGUUGUGAGAAGACUUCCAUUGAGCCAAGGCAAGAUAAACCGUUCUAAGAAAUUUUUCAUUGAUAGCAAAAGUUAUGCAAAUUGUGAGAACAUUUUUGUUUUAGUUGAUGCUUCCAUCUAGAGUCUAGACCAUGAUAAAUUCAAAAAAAUUUGGACACUUUACAAUUUCUUUUAGAUUCAUCCCUGCCCGCCCUCAAUGCAUAUGGUGAAACAAGUGUUUUGAGUAGUGUCGGCUAUCUAAUUUUAAGCAUGUUUGUUUAUUUUUAGGAUGGCAAGGCACUUGAUACAUUGGAAGGUGCAAAUCCAUCUAGUCUGGCUAACAAGGUUGCUAAAGUUGCAGGAUCUAUCAGACCUGGGGAUUCUGCAGCUCCUGCUAGCCUUGGGAUGGCUGCCGGGCCCACUAUACUUGAAACAGUACAGGAGCUUGCCAAAGAAAAUGGUGCAUCUCACAAUAUUAGCCAAUCAUCUCCUGGUAUGGGAGACAAUCUGAAGAAGAGGCUCCAACAGCUUGUUAACUCUCACCCAAUCAUGCUCUUCAUGAAAGGCAAUCCAGAAUCCCCCAAGUGUGGAUUUAGUCAAAAACUAGUUGAUAUAUUGAAGAAAGAAAACGUAAAAUUUGGAAGCUUUGAUAUUAUAACAGAUAAUAAAGUUCGUGGGGGACUGAAGAAGUUUUCAAACUGGCCAACUUAUCCUCAGCUUUACUGCAAGGGAGAACUGAACUACUCGACAUCGCAAUUGCUAUGCAUGAAAAUGGAGAACUUGCCCAGGUUUUCAAAGACCAUGAUAUUAAAAUAACUAACUUGGAGACGGGAAAAGCAGAAGCUAAUGGAGGAAAGGGCGGCAUUUCUGGUUCCUCAGGCUUGAGUACUGCGACUAGUGAAUGUUUGAGGGGUCUCAUUAAUUCAAGUCCUGUUGUAUUGUUUAUGAAGGGAACACCUGAUGAAGCACAAUGUGGUUUCAGUUGCAAAGUUGUUGAUAUCCUCAGGUCUAUAUAAAAGAAGAUAUUGUGCUGGAAAUGCAAAAGAGUGGAGAGCUCAAGUAAGUCCUAGGUGAGAAAGGAAUUGCUUCUGAUGAAACUCUUCAGGAUCGCUUAAAACAGUUGAUAAAUUAUUCUCCUGUGAUGCUUUUCAUUCCAGAUGCUCCAAAAUGUGGUUUCAGCUCUAAGGUAAGUUAAUGCCUUGAAGGAAGAGGAUCUAAAAUUUGGUUCUUUCAACAUUCUGACUGAAACUGGCCAACUUUUCCACACCUGUAUUACACAUACAACAAAGGCGAACUUAAGAGUACCUUGUCUGGACAGAUUUGCAUGUCAACCUUACUUAUUGUCCUUGCUCUAUAUCGGUGCUACUUGCGUGAUGUUGUAAGAAAUGGUCAUCUUCUGGACCUGUAGUUGCUCAUAUUUUCUCUUCUCUCAACUAUUAUAUGCAUUUAAAAUGUUGCUGCCAUGGUUUUGUCGAGAUAUAAUUGGCUUUUGUGACGGUAUAUAUAUUAAUGGGAUAAUUGUCUCUAAAAUUACGAAGUUUAAGCAUCUUAUGAUUUUGCAGGAAUGGAUGAUCCCAAUAAUUUUUUAGUCUCAUUAGAGAAGGCCUUACAAGAUGAUGAGAGAAUAAAUUAUCAUAGGGACUAUCUCUCAAAUCUCUCUGCUGCAAUAAGGCAAGAUAAGUGUGACAUUCAAGGCUAUUUCGUGUGGUCGCUGCUGGAUAACUGGGAAUGGAACAUGGGCUACACAAAGAGGUUUGGGCUUUACUAUGUUGACUUCAACAACAACCUCACAAGGAUUCCCAAGUCCUCCGUCAACUGGUUCAAGAACAUGUUGUUGCCACGUCAACGAGAACUGCGGAUUCAGGAAAUGGAACUCGUUGGAACAAACACAGUGAAGAAAGUCGAUGACAGUGUUAGAAGGCAUAGUCGGCAGCAUGUACGAUGAUCACCUCGAAGGAUGAAGAAUGAAAUUGAAAUUCAAUCCCAAAGGGUUGGGGUGGAGCUGUCGCACCGUUGGAUCAGUGACAACUCCAAAUGCCGAAUUUAAUAGAUUUCGUCCCCUAUGGGCAGGGGUAGAGUCUGACCCCAUCUGGAUCUGUCGGUACGUCACUAAUUAAGAACCAUGCAUACAACAAUAUUUAUUAAAACAAUUAUUAUAGUUGUAUAUUUCAUAAUUAAGACCUUAGAUUUGUAUAAUGAGUAUAUAUUAGUUGUACACAAAUAUUACUAACAUUUUAUUAUUAUUAUUAUUAUUAUUAUUAUUAUUA